ACCUAGCACUUGCUUACAAUACCGAGUGAAUAAAACACAACUUCUCAAUUUAAAAGCUAGCAACUGCUAGGCUUUUGUUAAGUCAGCACCGAGGCAUGCUAGCUUUUUACUUAGUUGUUUGUUGGACAUCAGCCAUGGCGGAGUUUAUGCAAGUUCGACAGCAUAAACAUUAUGGUGCUCGACGAGAGAUAAAUAAGUGUAAGGAACUGUUAAGGUUUGAGUCCGAAAGUAUUGAUUUUUUAGCCGCGGAGUUUUUGAAUGAAACUGACACUCGUGGCGGUGGACUUUCUCCAAGGAAACAAAUGGAGGUUUUCUUACGUUUCGUAGCCGAUCCUGGUUUUCAGUCUGGCAUAGCCGAGGACGUUGGCGUUCACAGAACUACAGCAUGCAAAACUGUAAGCUAUGUUAUGGAUAAGAUUAUUGAUAGAGCUAAUUUUUGGAUACAUUUUCCAGCAACAGUCGAAGAAAUUAAUGAAGCAAAAAUUCAAUGGCAGAGAAAUUUCCGUUUACCAACUGUGAUCGGGGCGCUAGAUUGCACUCACGUACAAAUUAAAAAGCCUAAUCUGCAUGGGGACGAAUAUGUAAAUAGAAAAGGGUGUAUUACAAUAAAUGUACAGGGUACAUGUGACGCUCUUGAAAGAUUUACUAGCAUAAGUGCAGAGUGGCCAGGGAGUGUGCAUGACGCACGAAUUUGGCGCAGAAGUCCAGUUAGGGAGAUCAUGUCACGUUUUGAUGGUAGAGUAUGUCUUCUUGGCGAUUCCGGGUACGGAAUAUCACCAUGGUUAAUAACCCCUUUCAAACCACCAACAAAUGAAGCAGAAAGGCGGUUUAAUUUGUGUCAUUCUAGGGAAAGAGUUGUGAUCGAAAGGUGUUUUGGACAGAUAAAAAGAAGAUUUCCGAUACUGGGUAACUGUGUUCGUGUGGCUUCGGAAAAAGUGCCUAAAGUAGUCGUCUGUUGUGCAGUCCUACAUAAUAUUGCCAAAUAUCUUGGUGAUGUUUAUGAUGACAAUUUUGAGAUCAAUGGUGACGAUGAAAUUGAAGAAAUAGACGUACAACAUGAGAAUCCAGGAACUACUGGUCGAGGUGCUGACAAGCGAAGAGAAAUGAUGUUGUUUGUAAAUCAAUAAAGUGAGUAUUUACUCGAAUUACCCAUGUCUUGUGACCGUUUUACAAAAUACACAAAUGGGAAAAAGUUGGGCCAGUUAGCUGGUACUGUUUAAU